AUGGACCCCGAUUUGGAGCAGUACUGGAAUGAAUAUGAGGCCCAAGUUUGCUCAUCCUCUUCAAAAGGGAAGAAAAAUAAAAAACCUCAAAAGGAAGAACCCCUAGAAAAGAUAGAUGGAAUAUCAAAACGCAAAAUUCUAGCAGAGGAUCAGAAUACCAGUACAAAUCAGACGAAGCUGUCAGGUGAUUCCAAAAAGAGGAGCGAGACGAAAGAAUCCAGCGCGACAAAGAAGGAAUCCAGCGCAACAAAGAAGGCAAAUAGUUCUAAAAAGAGCAUCGAUACAAAGAAAGGAUCUUCGGAACUCGAAAUUAUUCAAGAAACCAAUACAAUGGCCCCGAAAAAGUCGUCUUCAAAGAAAGACGAGGAGGAAAAAAAAUUAGAGCCUUCCUCAAGCAAGAAAAAGCCCCAAAAUACGGCCAUCCUUGCUAUUAAGCGAAUGCAGGAGGCAAUGAAAGCCCAAGAGGAAGAGUUAAAGAAGCUUGAGGAGGAAGAGCGGCAAAAAGAAAUGGAUGCUCAGCGAGAGGCUGAGGAGAAGAGGUUGGCUGAAGAAGCUGAGCGCCAGCCCCUAAAAAAAGAGGGUACCAAGGCCGAGCGCGAACGUCUUAAAAUAGACAAAGAGAAGAUUACGAUUUUACAGCAACAAUCCAUUAACCACCAUAAUCUCGAUAAUCCCUCGCAAGAUCCUGCUCCUGCUCCUGAAAGGAAAAAGUUGGUUUACACCAAGAAAAAGGCGUCCUCUAAAUCGAGCUAUGCUUGUUCUCAAAUUUCUUCUGCUCACACAUCAAAGUUAUCCACGACCGAUUGUGUUUCAGAUAAAGGCACCAUAUCCACAGAUUCGGGCUCUUCAAAUGAGGAAAUUCUCGACUCUUGGGAAGAUGCCCUUGAAGACAAGGACGAUGAUUCCAAUGAUUCUCUUAUUACUGGGCUUACCGCUCUUAAUUGCAAAGAUGCAUGGGUCGCCAAUCAGCCACAGAUUUCAACUUCAGCUAAUGCAUCGAUGAACAUCCCAGCAACUAUGAGAAGAGCGCCAGCUGAUCACAAGUCGCACGUACCUUCACUCACUGUCAAGACCUCAAUGCCAAUCGACAAUUCUGGAAACAAUGAGCAACUUAUAUCUGUAGCUCCAGUAGAGCAGGACCUUAUGUCUCCAAUUAUUUGUGUUCUUGGCCACGUCGACACCGGAAAAACAAAGCUGUUGGAUAAGCUUCGCGAGACAAGCGUCCAGGAGAAUGAGGCUGGAGGUAUUACUCAACAAAUCGGGGCCACGUUCUUUCCCCGCGAGGCCAUCAUCGCUAAAAUGUUAAUAACCGGCAGCGAGAAUGAAGGGCUACACGUGAAAAUCCCUGGACUCGUUGUGAUUGAUACCCCGGGCCAUGCCUCAUUUGCCAAUCUUCGUGACCGUGGAUCCUCUUUGUGCCAUCUCGCUGUGCUAGUAGUUGAUAUCAUGCACGGGCUGGAACCGCAAACAUUAGAAUCCAUUGAGUUAUUGCGUCGUAGGCGGACACCGUUUGUAGUAGCACUGAACAAGAUUGAUAGGCUCUAUGGCUGGUCUCCAGUGCCCGGUGCCCGUAGCUGGAGUGAGAUUGAGGCUGCUCAGAAACCAUCCACCGUUGCUGAGUUUCGUGACAGACUUGAUCGCACAAAGCUUGCUUUUGCCUCACAAGCAGGUCUCAAUGCAGAGCUGCAUCAAGAAAAUACGAAUCCACGCUCCACGAUUUCAUUGAUCCCUAUCUCUGCCCUUACAGGCGAGGGGAUUCCUGACUUGCUGCGGACAGUUGUAAUGCUAACGCAGGAGCGCCUGGGGGCUGCGCUUGUUUUUGAUGAAAAUCGAUUUUCAGCUUUUGUAUUGGAAGUGAAGAGCGUGGAGGGCCUUGGGCACGUCAUCGAUGUCAUUCUGACACAAGGAACGUUAGCAGAGGGUGACCAGUUUGCUGUUGCUGGCCUUUCUGGACCCAUUCUAAGCCAGGUGCGGUCACUAUUGACCCCAGAGCCCAUGAAAGAAAGUAGGGUAAAGACGCUUCGUUACCUGCAUCAUACAACCGUUCGAGCAUGCAUGGGAGUCCGGAUAGUUGGACUGAAUUUAGAGGCAGCAGUUGCCGGUUCCCGUCUCGUUCGAGUAACUAAAAGUGAUGCUGACGAAGGUGACGACGACGCCGCUACUGUUGCAAUGCGGCUGGUUGAUGAGGAGAUGAGAGAGGUUUUGGGAAUUAAGGCAGCUCUUUCUAGUGCUGCCGAUCGCUGCCGUAGUGGUGCUGCCGGUGUCAGUGUGCAGGCCUCCACGCUAGGAUCCCUUGAAGCGUUAUUGACUUUUCUUGCGGCAAAUGACGUCCCUGUCGCUACGGCGUCGAUUGGCACAAUUUACAAGCGUGACAUUCUAACCACGGCUGCCAAUUUGGAGCGAUGGACCACGGCUGGCAACCCGGAGGCUCGAGAUUAUGCUGCCGUGUUGGCGUUUGACGUUCGCGUAGACCGCGAGGUGAGGCCUGCACAGGAGCUUGCGGAAGACCUUGGAAUUAAGAUAUUUUCGGCAGACAUUAUCUACCACUUACUUGAUACCUUCAAGGCACACCGCUCGGUGUUGGUCGAGCAGCGUAAACGAGACCUGGCGCCACAAGCUGUUUUUCCUUGUGUUCUCAAGAUAGUCCCUGGAUGUGUCUUCAACAAACGCUCCCCGAUCAUUUUAGGUGUUCAAGUAACAGAAGGUGUUUUGCGCAUUGGAACACCCCUGGUCAUACAUCAAGGAGAAGGAAAGCCUCUAUCGAUUGGCCGCGUUACUUCGAUCGAGCUCAAUCAUCGUCCUGUGGACAAAAUCCGGCGGGGAGGCUCUUCAGUUGCCAUCAAGAUCGAGCAGGCUUCAUACGAGAUUCCGCGAAUGGUUGGGCGCCACUUUUCCGAGAACGACGAGCUGCUAUCAGCCAUUUCGCGGACGUCCAUCGAUAUUCUCAAAACGAGUUUCCGCGAAGAGAUGACUGCAGAAGACUGGCAGCUGAUACGCCGCCUCAAAGGGCUUUUUGGAAUCCAAUGA